UGGCUUCUGCAUAUAAACCGAAUCUGGAAGUAGAAAGGAAAUAGUAGCUCUGUGUGCUAGUAGUGUGAUUUUACAUUUCUUGAACAUUUUAAUUUUUUUUAAUUCAUUUUUAACCUGCAUUUUGCUUCCAAGUAGACUUUAUUUGGUGCUAUUUAAGUUCCUUAUUUGUGUGAAAGAUGUCUGGCCGUAACAAGAAUAUUGUACAAAAGCCUAAAUCUGGUAUCAAAUCCAGAUCUUCCAGAGCAGGACUGACCUUCCCAGUUGGCCGUAUUCACAGACUGCUGAGGAGGGGUAACUAUGCGGAAAGGAUUGGAUCUGGGGCUCCAGUCUACCUUGCAGCAGUUCUGGAAUAUCUGACUGCAGAAAUAAUGGAACUUGCUGGGAAUGCAGCUCGUGAGAACAAGAGGAACAGGAUCACACCAAGGCACAUCCAACUUGCUGUAAGAAAUGAUGAAGAAUUCAAUAAGAUGCUUGGUGAUGUCACUAUAUCUGAAGGUGGUGUUAUGCCAAACAUUCAUGCUGUACUUCUGCCCAAGAGAACUGGCACUACAGAUGGAAGCAAAGAUAAGCAGUCCCAAGAGUUCUGAUGUGAGCCAAAUAUAAAUGAGGCUGUUUUUACUGAAUAUGCACUUACAUUUUACUGUAAUUGAAUUUGCACUUUAAAUUUUCUUCAAUAAAGUUUAUCUUGUAAAGAU